UCUGGUUUUGGGCGGGAAUUGAAACCGCCACUGCUGCCAACAAGAACUUCAGUGCUGCAAAUUUUCAGCCUUGGAGGGGGCUAUGGUGCGGCCUGUGAGGCAUAAGAAACCGGUCAAUUACUCACAGUUUGAGGACUCUGACAGUGAUGAUGACUUUAUUUCUGCAACCGCACCUUCAAAUAAAAAACCCAGAGCAACACCAAAGGAGUUAAAACUAGAAACAAGGAAACCUAAACUGAAGAAUCUCCAGAAAGAAGAUAUCCCACUGCAAGAGAAAACCCCUAAAAAAAGGAUGGCUUUAGAUGACAAGCUCUACCAGCGAGACUUAGAAGUCGCACUCGCUUUAUCAGUGAAGGCACUUCCAGCAGUCACCACUGAUGCAGAAGUGGCACGAGAUGAAAGCAUCAAAAAAUGUGACAGUCGUGAAACUGAGACCAUGAGUAAGGCCCCUCAUAUCUCCAAUUGCAGUGUAGCCAGCGAUUAUUUAGAUUUGGAUAAGAUUACUGAGGAAGAUGAUUUUCCUGGUGUUCAAGGGAAAAGAAAAGCAGCCUCAAAGGCUGUGGUACAACAGAGGAAGAUUCUUUUGGACGGCAGUGAUGGCGAUAGUGCUAAUGACUCUGAGCCAGACUUUGCAACUGGUGAAGAAUCUGAGGAUGACUCUGAUUUUAGUGAGAGUGAAGAUAAUGAUGAAGACUUCACCAUGAGAAAAAACAGAGUGAAAGAAAUUAAAAAGAAAGAAGUGAAGGUCAAAUCCCCAGUUGAAAAGGAGAGGAAACCUAAAUCCAAAUGUAAUACUUUGGAAGUGACUUCAGGAGACUCUGCUCCAGCUGCUGUGAAAUCAGAACCUCAGCCUUCAUCAAAAAAGGUUUCUGUUUCUUUGGAGGUCUCUAGGAAACCAUCACAAGUACACAGUCCUUUAACCGAAAACAAAAAACCCAAGUGGGUCCCACCAGCAAUAUCCGGAAGCAGCAGCAGGAAGAGCCCACUGGCAGGCGUGUCUGUUAAGUCUCCAAAUCAGAGUCUCCGCCUGGGUUUGUCCAGAUUAGCACGAGUUAAACCUUUGCAUCCAAAUGCCGCUAGUAGCUGAGUGUGGUAGUAAACACAUGUUUGAUUAAGGGAAUCACAGUUCUACAAGUGUGUUUAUAUUUGAUUUGUGUUUAUAUUUAAGGAGGGUAUUGUAAUAUAAAAGAAUCCUUUAAUAUCCUAUAAAUUGCCUCUACCCAUUCUGUGAUGAUGUUCUCUGAAGCUAUUUGAGACUUCUAUAAGAGGUUUGUUUAUCAGAAUUAUCUUGUAAUGCCCUUUCCUUCUGAAGAAUGUAUCCUAUUUUUCCUGUGUAUAAUAAUGUCAUUGCCAUUCAGUGGUUGUCAGCUUGACAUGGAGGAAGUCCAUGCUGCAUGCUGUUCUUUUCUAAAAACUUGAUGCUCCUUCCUAGCUUUGUCUAAUUUAUGGCACCUUAACUGUAACUGUUCAGAGUUUAUCUGGCAAAAGGAAACAUUCCUACUUUUUCCAAGAAACAUUUCUGAAAUCUUACUUAAGCUAUAUUGUCAGUUUUAAUUGCAAAGAUGUUUCAUAUUUUAGCCAAAUACUUAUAGUAAGAAUUCAGAAUUCGUUUACACAUUAAAAUGGUUCCUGUAAUGACAUAUGUCUCCUACUCAGAAGUAGAUGUUUAUUGUAUAGCAAAUAGAAUUUCAUGACAUUUUAUGAAGUUCUCGUCAAUGCCUUUAAUAAAAGUGAAAAGGUUUUGAUAUGCUCUUUGCUUGAGCCCCAUUGUAUCCACCUGUCUCUGAUUGUCUGCAUUUCAUGAUUAAAUGAAUGCUUUAUCAAAAA